CCUCUGAUAUUUCCAUUUUACCAUCAAGGUUCCCAUAAGAAGCUCCAGUUGGGUCGUGUAGGCAGCAUCGAAAGCAAGCCACAACAUCAAGUCAUCAACUCGUACGAAUCCACGAUGGAGUUCAUAGUCGGUACCUUCAAUCACCCUUCCCUCUUUCUCCUCCAGUUCCACCCACCUACAGCCUCCUCCCCCGGCACGCUCAAUUUUAUAAAGGAACACGCCGCUAUCGGUGGCCACUCCUGGCUCUCCCUCUCAAAAGACAAGAAAUAUCUCUACUGCACCGCUUGGACUUCCAAACCCUCAAUCGCCGCCUACCGCAUCGCUUCUUCCGGCUGGGAUGUCCAGUUCAUCAACGCAAAGCACGUCAAAGCUCUUUCGGGCUACGUCUGCAGCAAUGAGACCCACGUAUUCAGCGCAGGCGGUCCUUCCGGCGAAGUCUUCAAGCUUGAAGCCGAUGGUGCGAUUGGCGAUCUCGUGCAGGAAAUGGACUUUAUCACAGGCCAAGGCGAGAACCAGAGCGAGAAACGUGGAGCUGUUGCACAUGGAGACUUUGGCGGUUUGAGGCAUGGUGCACAUAGUGUGGAUUUGAGCCCGGAUGGGAAGGCGCUGUAUAUCGCGGACAUCGGGAGGAAUUGCAUCUGGACGUACAAGGUACUGCACUCGAAACGAGCGAUCAACGACCCACCAUUGGAGCUUGGAUCAAAGCACAUAUCACCGAGGAGCCAUGACGGUCCGAGACAUACCUGGCCACAUCCGAGCGGAAAGGUUUUGUACAGUUUGCAGGAACAUAGCAGUAUGGUGGAUGUCUUCGCGGUGGCCGACGACGGCGUGACGUUGGAGCACAAGCAGGGUGGGAAGCUGUUACCAGAAGGCAAAGACUGCAAGGAGUUCUGGGCGGAUGAAGUGCGGUACUCGACGGGCCCGGACGCUGCGAAGCCGAAGUAUCUGUAUGCUUCGAAUCGCGGGCUGGAGUCAGGAACGCUGGGCUAUGUGGCCGUAUUUGAGCUAGACGAGCAAGGCCUGUUGAAGAGCGAGCAGGCGAUCGACAUUUGGCAGACACCGACCUCUGGUGGGCUUGCGAAUGCAAUUGAGCCGGCGCCGUGGAAGAAGGAGUUUGGUGAUGUUGAGUACUUGGCUAUGUGCGAUAGUGAAGAGGGGAUGGUGUUCGUUUUGAGCUUUGAUGGAAAGGCUGUGAAAGAGGUUGCGAGAGUAAAUCUGGGCAAGACGGAAGAUGGCAAGGCUAUUGGUGCUGCGACUCCAGUGUGGUUGUAG